AUGUCUCUCCUCUUGCUUCCAUCGAAAGCACCAUCACUCGUCCACAGCAUAUCUGGCGGCGAUCUUUCAUCCUACGCGGAAGAACUUGCAGAAUUUCGUCGAAAUAGGUCAAUUGAUCUUCGAAGAUCAAUGAACUUGUGUAAGACCAGAGUUUGCAAACCGAAGAGCAGAUUUUACGUUGCACCAAAGAAAAGCAAUACAUUAAUAGACGCAUGCUUAACAUUUACAGUCGAAAGUGUCGUAUCCGCUUUAACUUCUGGCGUUGAUGCGUCCAUCGUCAGCAUAUGCCAAGAUCUAUGCGAAAGCGCACCAAAGUGCCCUAAAAUAGUUCAAAAUAUGAUCACAAUUUCCGAUGUUCAAGAAGCUUUUGUUGCAGCUCUCGAUUCCGAGACAUCUGCUGUAGGAACCGUUUUAAAUACAAUUGCCCAGAUUUUCAAGCUUGCUGGCGAGACCCAAGAAGCUUUUGUUGACGGUGGCCUAACAUGUUCUCUUAUGAACCUUCUCUCCCAGGAGGAUCCAGCCACAAUAAGCGAAGCUAUCAACCUCAUUGGUGUUCUUUCGGAAGAGAGUUCUUACGCCCGCGAUUCAAUUAUCUGUCUCGGAAUUCAUACAAUUUUAGUCGAGACAGCAGGCAACCACAAGCAGACAGAUCUUGCUACUUUAGCUUGUGAGUCAGUUCACAAAAUUUUCAGCAAUCCUGACCCGAUUGAGUCCGAAAUCGUGAAGGAAGCCAUUCCUUCCAUUAUUGAAAUAAUUGAAGGCCAGAGUGACGAAACAAUGUCCUUCAUCCUUCAGAUACUUGUCGAUAUUUCUUCGAAACAUCCCUCAUCUGUCUUUAUUUAUUAUAAUUUGGGUUUAUAUGACCAAAUAGUAGGAUUUAUUCAAAACCAAGCUCUUACGAAGGAAGCGCUCAAGUUGGCAGGCAACAUGGCCGUUGCUCAGCCUUUACAAAUCAUUUGUCUCCUUGAUAAUGGUUUACUUGCAGCUCUUGAGCAGCUUUCAGUUUCCGAUUACCUUGCGGAUGUCUUCUGGGUCUACUCCAACCUUUUAGAGUCGUAUCCAGAAGGAAUCUUUGAACUGAUCGACGAAAAGUUCAUAAACUUUGCUCUUGAUGCAGCCGAAGACUCCCCAUACGAGGUCAAACAAGAAGCCUCGUUCUUCAUCGCUACAAUGGUUGUUUUCAGCGGAAAUCCACGUGCAUCUUUGUUUUUCAACGAGAGAGUCUUCUCUGUUCUUGCAGACGUCAUCGGAUGCGGCGUCAACACUGUCGCACUUCGCUGCCUCGACGCAUUCAACACAUUUCUCGGAUACGCGAACUUGAACGAGAAACAGGACGAAUUACUCGGACUUGUUGACGACGCAGAAGUUGAGGACAGACUUCACGAAAUAGAACUCUCUAACUCACUCGCUGGAAAACGCUCUCAGUACUUGUUACUCGCUUAUCAGUCUCUUCGUAACUAA